GUCCACGGGCGCGCCGGACCGCGUCGGAGGCCGCGAGGACGAGGGUGUGUCCUCGCUUCUUCCUCAGCGGGAACCUCCGAGGGGAGACCCAGGCCCGAGUAAACCGCGCAGGUUCUCAUCCGUGGCCUGUCGCUCACUCACGCAGGCGCGCCGUGGGCAGCCCGCCGAGGUCCUGAGAGCGGCCAAGAUGGCUGCCCCCGCACUGCGCGCCCCGCGUCGCUGGUCCGGGCUGGCCCUGGGAGUGAGGUGCGCCGUCCGGAACCUUCCAGGGCUCACACAGGUGAGGGGGAGCCGCUAUGCCCCCGAGUUCAGGGAGCCCCUGAUUGACAAGGAAUAUUACCGCAAGCCGGUGGCGGAACUCACCGAAGAGGAGAAAUAUGACCAGGAGCUCAAGAAAACCCAGCUCAUCAAAGCUGCGGCUGCGACUGAAACCAGCUCGGUGUUCGCAGACCCCGUCAUCAGCAAAUUCACCAACAUGAUGAUGAAGGGAGGCAACAAAGUUCUGGCCCGGUCCCUCAUGGCCCAGACUCUGGAAGCUGUGAAAAGGAAGCAGUUUGAAAAGUACCGUGCUGCCUCCGCGGAGGAACAGGCCACCAUUGAACGGAACCCCUACAGGAUCUUCCACGAGGCACUCAAAAACUGUGAGCCUGUGAUUGGGUUGGUGCCGAUCCUCAAAGGGGGCCAUUUCUACCAGGUCCCCGUGCCUCUCGCUGACCGACGUCGGCGCUUCUUGGCCAUGAAGUGGAUGAUCACAGAGUGCCGAGAGAAUAAACCGCGGCGGACGCUGAUGCCAGAGAAACUGUCACAUGAGCUGCUGGAGGCUUUUCAUAAUCGGGGCCCCGUGAUCAAGAGGAAGCACAAUAUGCAUAAGAUGGCAGAGGCCAACCGUGCCCUGGCCCACUACCGCUGGUGGUAGCAGGAGAAGAAAGGAGAGGUGGAAAAGGACACACUGCCACGAGAAACCACUCGAGGGCUGGAGAGGUGGUUAAAGGCACUCACUGCUCUUUCCAAAGGACCUGGUUUGAUUCCCAGCACCCACACGGAGGCUCACUGACCACCUGUAACUCCUGUUCCAAAGGUUUCAAUACCUUCUGACCUAUGUGGGCACCACGCGUGCACAUGGUAUACAGACAUAGGUGCAGACAAACAUCUAUACAUACAAUACCACUAAUAAAUGUUAAAUAUUUGAACUACUGUCCUGUUGGAAAGUUCUGGAGGGAAGUUAAGGACGGAGAGUGCUGUUUGUAAUUCAGUCUUCCGUCCUAUCUUUGAUUCUCCAUGCCGGCUAGAAGUUGGCUACAACUUGAGUGAAACUGCCUCUCACACAGUGAGAUGCACUCAAGAGGAGGAGCAUGUGUUGUCCAGUAAUCCAAAUUGGUUCCCCUACUCCCCCACUCCAACCUCUCAAAGACAGAAUGUGUCUCCUUAGAGAUUUCCUGCAAGAAACUCAGGUCCAAUCUGGAUUAGAAUAAAGACCUCUGGGGCUGGAGAGAUGGCUCAGUGGUUAAGAGCA